UGUAAAAAUUAAGAUAUUUUAAUCAACGUGAUACACAUUUAAUUCGCUAAAAUCACCAAAUCAUCAAGAUUUCAAUAUCAGAAGAAAAUCAUUAAGCAACCAAAAGAACCAAAGAAUUUCACAUUGAAUAGCUCAAUUUUACUAACAUCAUGUUGUUUUUGGGAGAAAUUCUUAUUCUGUGCUAUAUUACCGUGGUUGUGUAUGCUCAAAAUGAAUGGUGUGAUCCAAAACUAUGUGCACCUGGUAAAAAACACAUCGGAUGCUUUGAUGGUGGUUAUCCUCGAUGGGAAUCAAUUUGCGAACGUCCCGAAGAAAUCAAAAUAACACCCGAAUUACAAAAUAUAAUUUUGCAUGAGCACAACAAAUUGAGAAAUCAACAAGCAUUAGGACUAACGCCAUAUUUUUCUCCAGCAACUCGCAUGGCGACAAUGACAUGGGAUAACGAUUUGGCAGCAACAGCUCACUAUAAUACAUUGCAGUGCGAAAUGAAACAUGACGAAUGUCGUGGAACAUACGAUUUCUAUUAUGCCGGUCAAAAUUUGGCCAAAAAUGCUGAUCUAAAUGCAACCGAAAUUGCUAAAUGGGCACCAGGCUAUUGGUUUGAGGAAUGGAUGUAUGCUGACAUGAGUGACAUUUUCGAGCACACAAGAUCGCAACUGUCAAACGGCGAAUGGAUUGGACAUUUCACUCAAAUUGUGAAAGAUGAUUGUGUGAAAGUCGGUUGUGCGAUAAGUAAAUUCAGCGAAAGAGGCAGUCGCCGGUCAUUAAUUACUUGCAACUAUUCAAUGACAAAUAUUAAAAACAGUCCAAUAUACGAAGUUGGCCCAACUGCAUCGCAUUGCAAAACAGGAACAAAUUACUAUUACCCGGGACUAUGUAGCGUUUAUGAAAAAUACGAGUAAAUACCGUUUUACACACACAUCAUUUAGAUCUAUUAAAAAUCAUUUUAAAAUAUGUAUAUCGUUGUUGGUUCAUAGAAAUGUUUAUAUGAAAGAACCUCUAAUUAUCAGAAAAA